AUGACUUGGCAACACGGAAAUUCUACGUUCGGGAACACAUUGCCGCAAGUUACGGCCGUCGUUUUGAACUGGUCGCGAUUCCAAAACGUGUUGCUCAUCGCGAGUUUGCUGUGCUCCCCUGCGCUCGACGGUACCAUCGCUCGGGACUUUGCACGCACCGGAUGUGCAUCACCCAAGCUGCAAUUGCACAACUCUGACUCCAACUUGUAUUUUCAAGCGCGUUUCAUCGCAUGCGCCGAAGCCACAACCGAGUACUGUUUCAUCCAGGACGACGAUUAUCUCGUUCGUCCAGAAGUGAUCAACGCCAUGUAUCAACGUCUGUCCUCCAGCCCUCUUACCCACCCAGGCGGGAUUCAUAUUCUGCCGCCCCACGAGUAUCUGUCUUCAACCCUGCGCACUCUCGUGGCAGGGCACAACCCGGCCACCAAUGCCUAUAACAUACACACGACGUUUGCGUGGCUGGGGCACGGAGCACUUGUCCGUCGGUCGAUGACCGCCGAGUUUCUUCAGCUGCUGACGUUGUUGAACGCGUCGGACGAGGAGAGGAAAAGGGCCGACAACUACUACACGAUCCUAGGGAACCGGAUACCGGAGAUUUGGCUCGACCAGAGCAUUGAACUCGGGGGCGGACAGCCGUUCACCGUUGGCACUGAUGGUCACGAACGGAACCUCAAGCACAUUACGAAGGCAACUCGAUAUCUCGAUGCGGUGGUCGGUUGUGGGACGCCCCCCUGCAUAUUUACGAACAUCUCCAUGGUCCCAUACAUGGAUCUGACUCCCUCGUCCCUACCUGCUACGCAAAACACGCUAGCUGCGUAUGCUGGCAUGCCAUGGACGUUGGAAACCAACAUCGGAUUGUUGCCAUUCGGCCCACAAGUGGCUCGUGCAGCAGAGGACAUGCUCCUGCUAGAAACCCGUUCCCUCGAUGCGCUUGGACCCGAAGCACGGGCACGAUACGUGACCCAUCCGCUCAGCCAUAUAGCGGAUGGGAAUGCAGACACGUGUUUUGAGAGCGUCCACGGUGCGGGCCGAAUCGUCCGACCUAGUUAUGUCCUCCCUUAG